AUGUCAACCAGAACCUACACCGUGGCGGCCGACUACGUCAGCCUCGACGACCUCCUGGCUGACGUUGUCCGAGAGCAGAGGAAGACGGCGCUCUCGCAGACCUGGCACCGCGGCUGGCUCUCCUGGGAGUCGUGGCGGCUUUGGUUGGCGUCGCGUUCGUCGUCGUCCCUGGACGUUGAUGUCGAGGCGGCUGGUUGGCUGGUCAACAACGUGGAUGGCCUGCUGUCGAAUGAUCGCGCUGGAAACAUGGCCUGAAAGAUCGUACGAUGGCGUCUUGACUAUUCACUUUUAGCCCUUUUUUUGGAAAGCUGACCGGCUGGGUAGCUAGACUAC